AUGUCCUUGAAUCGUCCCCCUUCGCCUCUUCCUAUAGAUCCCAAGCUUUCUCUGCUUUUCGUGUGCAUCAUGCCCGGGAGAACCGGCCAUGGCCGGCGAAAGAUUGAGAUUAAGAGGAUCGAAGAAGAGCAAACUCGGCAAGUGACUUUCUCGAAACGUCGAAGUGGCUUGUUCAAGAAGGCUAGCGAGAUUGGCACCCUCUGCGGUGCUCAGGUUGGGAUCCUGGUGUACUCACCAGGAGGAAGGCCCUACUCGUUCGGCCACCCAGGGUUCAUGGAGGUCUCUGAUCGAUUCCUCCCGUGCGUCCCCACGCCGACCCGUCCCGCCCCUCCUCCGGCCAACGUGCUCGCUCCCCAGCUGAGCAAGCACUACUUGGACAUCGUAAAAGGACUGGAGGCCGCGCAGGCCAAGGGUGCGGUGCUUAAGGAGAGAUUUGGCGUGGUUCCGGAGCUGAAGGCGAGGGCCUACGAGUCUGAUCCUGAAGGCCUCCGCUUGGACGAGCUUCAAGACGCGGUCAAGCGAUUGGAGUCGCUUCAGCUGCGGGUGUAUUCGAGGGUUUCUACGAUCCUGAAUCAUGAAGCUUCUGCGUCGAGGGCUGCUUUGGCUGUCCAGCCGUUGAAUAUGAUCAACCCUUAUGCGACCAAUGAACCCCACGCUCAUCCAGGUGGUGGGUUCAUGGGGAACAACGGCCUUGCUCCCGGUGGGUUCAUGGGGAGCAAUGGCUUCAUGGGGAACGAUGGCCAUGCUCCUGCUGGGUUCAUGGGGAACGAUGGUCAUGCUCCUGCUGGGUUCAUUGAGUGA